UAGUGUUGCUGACGACACGCUGAUUGUGUUGUUGUUGAAUUGAAAUCGAUGAAGCUAUGAGAGAGAGCGCAAUUGUAACUGCAAUAUCAAGAAUCGUUUGCAGAAACUCUUACUUUCUACGUUGAAAACUUACUGGUGUGUUCUAUUGUUUUUACCAGCUGGCGGAGCCAUGUCAGAGAGCUCAAGUGACACAGAGUCCUCCUGUGGGUGGACUAUCAUAAGUAAUGAAGGUUCAGAUAUUGAGGCUCUGGGGCCAGAGAACGGCCUGGAAUGUGGGUCUGAUCUCCCAGAGAGCGCAGUGCUGGAGCCAGAGCUGCUGCAGAACCAACCCACCUCUCUCUCUGCUGAGUGCACUGAGGAGAGAGGUGAGUCAUCUCUUGAUGCCACUCUGAAAGAAGAAACGUUAGACAAGUCAUUGUCUGCUUCUGAGGCUGGAGGUGAGGUGGCCGGGGAUGAGCAUGUGACUCUGUGCUCCUCCAGCGACCACUCUGACAUUGUGACUCUGGGGGACAUGAGGGAGACUGAGCUCGGGCCUUGGGAUGAGCAGACGGUGGAGGAGGAAGAGGGAGCAGUCAGUGAGGAGCUCUACCUGGGCACCUCCUCCAGCAGCCAGUACACCUUCAGCGCAGCAGAGACUGUCUUCCCUGCGGAGCAGCCUGUGGUUGCAGACUCCAGCAACAGUGAGGAUGAGGGAGGAGAGCAGGUCACCCCAGUAGUGCGGAGGCGCAGGGUGAGGAAGAGCACCACUAGCUCUGUGGCUGAGCAUGGAGAGGAGGUGCAGGAGUCUGGCCACAGUGACCGAGAGGAGACUCUAGAGGAGGGGCAGAAGGAGGUACAGGAGGAGGAGGUGCAGCAGGAACCUCACAUUGCUCCCCCAACUCAAGGCCAUAUCAGCGGCACCCUUAACAAAUGUAUCCUACUAGCCCUCAUCAUCGCCAUCAGCAUGGGCUUUGGUCACUUCUAUGGAAAAUUUGAAGGUACAGUAUGGAGUGGAUGGUUUGAGGGCACAGUACAGGUUCAGGAGAGACAGAAGAUUGUGGAGAAGAUCUGUGGCGUGAACGACCUUGGUAAUUCGAGAGAUCUGCAGCCUCAGUGUCAUAAAGGACCAAAUGUCAUCAACAAGGAAGUGGUUAAGAGUCUGAGAGAAGACCUAAAGGACAAGAGUGACAUGAUGCUGUCUCUCACAGGGAUUAUCGACAAGCUUACUAAAGAGAACCAGGAUCUCAGAUCCAAACAGGCCCAGCUACAGGCCCAGAAAGAAGACUUGGUCGUGAAACUGAAGAAGACUGGUGAAGAGAGGGUUAAGAUUGAGUCUCAGCAGAAUCACCUGAUGGUGGAGAACCAGCUGCUGAAGAGCUCCCUGGAGCGUGAGGAGGAGUCCCUGUCCACCCUUCAGGAGGAGCUGAGGAACCUGCGCUCCCAGAUCCGAGACCUGGAGGAGACUGGGGCCGGGGCCGACUCCAUACUGUCUGAGAACCAGAGGCUGAAGGACCACCUGGAGGAGGAGACGCAGCGCCUCCGUAGCUUCCUGAGCCAGAGGGAGGCCCUGAUGGCUGAUGCCCAGACGCUGAGGAGGGAGCUGGAUAAUGAGCGGAGGGUGACUGACCAGCUAAGGGAGCAGCUAAGCAGCCGCAACACCAGGGCCGGAGGAGAGGCCGACCUGGAGACAAAGGAGCUGCAGUCACGGCUCAUGGAGUUGCAGAAGAAGCUGAGCUUUGAGCAGCAGCGCUCCGACCUUUGGGAGAGGCUCUAUGUGGAAACCAAAGAGGAGAGGGCCAAGGGAGACAAGCAGGCCAAAGUCAAGAAGUCCAAGGAUGGCGUGAUAGGGAAGGUGAAAGAUACUUUUGAUGCGGUGAAGAACUCCACCAAGGAGUUUGUGCACCAUCACAAAGAGCAGAUAACGAAAGCCAAAGAGGCUGUGAAGGAGAAUCUGAGGAAGUUCUCUGAUUCUGUGAAAUCCACCUUCCGCCACUUCAAGGACUCUGCUUCGCGUAUGAUGGACAAGACUUACCGGCCUCACAAUCGGAGGUUUCACGAGAGGAAGGAUGCCAAGCCUGAGCAGCAGGAGCAUCAUAGAGACCAUGGAAACAAGCACUCAGAGGAGGAACCAUGGCAGCCCAGAACCCACAAGCCCCUGCAUCGUCACCCUCGUAAAUCCACUGAAGACUCUUUCCAGGCACACCGUAACACCCGGAAGUCAGGGAGUAAAGUUGAGGAGGACCCAGACGCUGAGCAACAACAAAGAGGAGUGCCCAAAGGUUGCUCUGGGGUUUUCGACUGUGCCUACCAAGAAUCCAUGAGCCUCUUCAACAAAGCCAUGGACCCCAUAAGAGCAGAUGAGUUCAACCAGCUGCUUCACAGCUACCUCCAGCAGGAGGUUGACCACUUCCACCACUGGACUGAGCUGGAGAGCUUUAUAAAAAAUUUCUUUCACAAUGGUGUCUUCAUCCACGAUCAGAUGCUGUUCACAGACUUUGUUAGUGGUGUGGAAGACUACCUGGAGGACAUGGAUGAGUACCAUGGCCACAACGAUGACGUCUUUGAAGAUCUUGACGAGUAUGUCUACAGGCACUUCUUUGGAGAUACCUACUCAAAACGUUAUGGGUCAAGUAAACCCUUUGAGGGGCCAGAUACGGAUACUAAAGAAGAAAGGCUAGCAAAGCAGCAGCAGAGGACCCGGCCCCGGCCACAAAGAGAGAGGAAGUGGAGCAGAGCAGGACGGAACACAGACAGACACAUGGCUGAUGUAAAAAUAGAGUUGGGUCCUAUGCCCUUUGAUCCCAAAUAUUGAGAAUCUUACCUAAGGAAUCCGUUUUUAUGAUGGCUGAUAUUGUAGUUGCAAAGUCUAUUUAGGAUGUGUUUGAUGGAAAUCCUUAUUCUUCUGUUUUUGUGAUUUUGCACAAUGUUCUUUUAACGCUGCCUGAAUGUCCCCUUGCUUCCUGUGUUGUGUAAGCAAUCCUUAGGUUAGUAUCAAUGGUGGUGUAUCUGACUGCAUCUAAUCUCAUGAGCACAAAGAAAAUUAUUGCUGCAAUGAUUUAGCCAUGAAUUGUCUUUAAAUAUGACUAACUAGAGCAAUUAAACAUGGGAAUAUAGUAAGUAAAUCUGACAGUAGCUAACUCUGUAGUACACAUUGUCAUCAGGUCAUUUGUUACAUGUUCUUUUUAAGAGCCAUCACUGACUAAUUUGCACAACAUUUCUUCUCUUUGGGCCUUGUUUAAAAAAUAUAUUUUUUAAAGUUUACCAUUUUAAUUGUCUACAUUUAGGCCUAUUGUGAAUUAAUAAUGAUUCAUUGGGUGCAUAGUAUUUUUGUCAGUGGCAUUGAAGAGUUAUGUACUGACAGAUACACUUUAAUUUCAAUUUCAAAUUGUCAUUAGGUGACAUUGAUAAUUGUGAGAUAAUGGACAAAACAAUUGCUGACAUUGAUACUGUUGUGUGCAGUAAAACUUUAAGUAGCAAAACCACUGAGAAAUACUUUUUUUCACAUAGUAUUGAAUAAUGCAAGAUGCCGGUUCCACAGUUGAUUUGUAUACUUUGCGGCUACAUUACAUAUGUUUAAAAUGGUGAGAUAAAGUGCAACUGUGUUCAGUAACAUUCCAACUAUGGCUUGUUUUACUAAGGCUGAUUAUUUUCUUUCAUUUACAGAUGUGCUGUUAAAAAUUUAUUGCAGCUUCCCAAUAAAAUAAAAGUGAAUAUUGA